CACAGAUUAGAUAAUUUUAACUAACAGCAUUUCAGUUUCACUAUAACAUAUAAAACGAUAAUUUUUUUUAACUUUACAUAAAUAUAAAAUUUUUGAGACAGUAUCUGAGAGGGUGGAGAAAUUAAAAAUUUAAAGACUAUGGCUCUAACAGUUCCUAGAGAUCAUGAAAUAUUACCAGCAGGUCAAGAUCAAGAUCAAAAUGAUGGGAAUAUAAUGACCAAUAUGGCUGCAAGAACUUAUUUGGAUGAUGAUACUGCUGCAUUACAAGUUCAUCAUUUUGAAUUAAGUCUGUCAGAAUCUUUAAAUUUCCUUUAUAAUUUACUUUAUGAUGAUCAAUCAUGUUUAUCUAAGAGUGAUAUCCUUCGUAUAUUAAAUUCCAUAAAAACUCGAGAAAAUGAUUUACCAUUUUCUAUUUCAAAUUCUACAUUAACUAAUAAAAGAACAGAUUUACAAGGAAUUUAUUGGCCUCGAGAUCUUCGUAAACGAUUUUUUAUGGAUCGAUCAAGAAUAGGAAAGGAUAAUUGGUUUCAUAAUAUUCCAGAUUCAAGAUAUCUUGCAACUAAUAAACUUUCAAUAAAAUCUUUUAAUAUUAAUACAGAAUUUUUUAAAUUUCAUAGAUUCUUUAGUAAAUUGAAAUUACAUUUAACUCAUUUACAACUUCGAAAUUUAGUUUGUUGUGGUACAAAUGUUGCUAAUGGAAUUUAUUAUCCUCUGAGUUAUUAUCAUGAUUAUAAUUUAGAAACAGUUCCUCAUGAUAUAUCAUUUAGAGAUGAUGAUUGUUAUCAUACAUUUUUUAAAAUUAAUAGAUUAAUGCCGGAUAAUUCUAUAGAUAAAGAUCGGUUACCAUCUCAAUCCAUGAAAGUGGAUUGCCUUAUAGAUUCAAGACAACUUCAAAAAAAUUCAAAUAGUCGAAUAUCAACAUUAGCAGCUACUAAUUCUUUAUUAGUAACCGGUAUAUUUGAAGGUGGUUAUAUACUAUCGGAUAUUUCUGAUGCUAAUAAUGUUAAACUUUUAGGAGAAUAUCAUUUAACUAGUAAUGAAGAUGGGAUUACUAAUCAUGUAUUAAUUAAUGAAAUAGAUAAUGAAUUAAUUAUUUCAUCAAAUGAUCGACAAUUAAGAAUUGUUGAUUUAAAUACAAAUAGAUUAACUGAAGAUAUAAGUUUUACAUUCCCAGUUAAUUGUUCAGUAAUAAAUCCAUUUAAUAGUAACGAAGUAUUUAUCUCAGGAGAUAGUAAAUGUUCGUUCAUAGUUGAUAAACGUCAUAAUUCAAUUCAACAAUAUCAAAGGUUUAUAGGUCAUGAAGAUUUUGGAUUCUGCUGCGACUGGUCGAAUAGCAAUGAAAACUUAUUAUUAACUGGAAAUCAAGAUACUACAGUUAAAUUAUGGGAUAGAAGAAAAUCAGAUGAAUUCUUAUAUAGUUGGAGUGGAUCUUUAGGAUCUGAUACAUCUACUGGAUGUGGACCAGUUAGAAAUUGUCGAUUUAGUUAUAAUGGAGAAUUCAUUGCUUGGGCAGAAAGUUUAGAUCAUGUAGGAAUAUUAAGGAUGGAUGAUUUAUCAAAAAUAAAUAAUAAAACUUUAUCAAGAGUUCAAUCUAUAGAUUUUAUUGGUAAAUGUACUGCUUUAAAUUUUGCUCCGAUGGAAUAUGGUUAUGGAGAACAAUUAAUUAUCGGAGUUAAUGAUUGUCCUCUAGGUGGAAUAUUAAGUUAUAAAUUAGAGAGUAGAGAAAAGCCAUUAGAUUUUGAUUUCUACUUUUAAAAGGACUAUUAUAAUAGUAAUGAUUUUAAUGAUACGGAUUAAAUUAUUAGUAAAUGAGGGAAAGGGAA